GCUCCGCCUGUCACCCCUGGGGCUUGUUGCAGAGGAGGAGCGGGCGCCAUGGCGGUUCUGUUGGAGACCACCUUGGGCGAUGUCGUCAUCGACUUGUACACGGAGGAGCGGCCGCGCGCUUGCUUGAAUUUCCUGAAGUUGUGCAAAAUAAAAUAUUACAAUUAUUGCCUUAUUCACAAUGUACAGAGGGAUUUUAUCAUACAGACUGGUGAUCCUACAGGGACUGGCCGUGGAGGAGAGUCAGUUUUUGGUCAACUGUAUGGUGAUCAAGCAAGCUUUUUCGAUGCUGAAAAAGUGCCAAGAAUUAAGCACAAGAAGAAGGGCACUGUGUCCAUGGUGAACAAUGGCAGUGAUCAGCAUGGAUCUCAGUUUCUUAUUACAACAGGAGAUAAUCUAGAUUACCUUGAUGGUGUUCAUACAGUGUUUGGUGAGGUGACAGAAGGCAUGGACAUAAUUAAGAAAAUUAAUGAGACCUUUGUUGAUAAGGACUUUGUACCAUAUCAAGAUAUCAGGAUAAAUCAUACAGUGAUUUUAGAUGAUCCAUUUGAUGAUCCUCCUGAUCUGUUAAUUCCUGAUCGAUCACCAGAACCUACAAGGGAACAACUAGAUAGUGGUCGAAUAGGAGCAGAUGAAGAAAUUGAUGAUUUCAAAGGAAGAUCGGCUGAAGAAGUCGAAGAAAUAAAGGCAGAAAAAGAGGCCAAAACUCAAGCUAUUCUACUAGAAAUGGUGGGAGACCUACCUGAUGCAGAUAUUAAACCUCCAGAAAAUGUGCUCUUUGUGUGUAAAUUGAAUCCAGUGACCACAGAUGAAGAUCUGGAGAUAAUAUUCUCAAGAUUUGGGCCAAUAAGAAGUUGUGAAGUUAUCCGGGAUUGGAAGACUGGAGAAUCCCUGUGUUAUGCUUUUAUUGAAUUUGAAAAAGAAGAAGAUUGUGAGAAAGCGUUCUUCAAAAUGGACAAUGUACUUAUAGAUGACAGAAGAAUACAUGUGGACUUUAGCCAGUCUGUUGCAAAGGUUAAAUGGAAAGGAAAAGGUGGGAAAUACACCAAGAGUGAUUUCAAGGAGUAUGAAAAGGAACAGAAUAAACCAUCUAAUUUGGUUCUGAAAGAUAAAGUAAAGCCCAAACAGGAUGCAAAAUAUGAUCUUAUACUAGAUGAGCAGGCAGAAGACUCAAAGUCAAGUUACUCACACACAAGUAAAAAACACAAGAAGAAAACCCGCCACUGCUCUGAAGAAAAAGAAGAUGAGGACUAUAUGCCAGUCAAAAAUACAAAUCAGGAUAUCUACAGGGAAAUGGGCUUUGGUCACUAUGAAGAAGAAGAAAGUUGUUGGGAGAAGCAAAAGAGUGAAAAGAGAGACCGACCUCAAAACCGAAGUCGUAGCCGAUCUCGAGAAAGGGAUGGCCACUAUAGUAAUAGUCACAAAUCCAAAUACCAGACAGAUCCCUAUGAAAGAGAAAGGAGUAAAAAGAGAGAACGAAGCAGGAGUCCCAAGAAAUCCAAAGAUAAAGAAAAAUCUAAGUACAGAUGAAAGUUGAAGAAUCAGACAUGAGUGGCUGACAUAUGUGCUCUUGUAUAACUUCGAGUACCAGGCGUUCAGAUUCUGUGUCAAAGCAGUUAAAGACACUGCCUGUUAUUUUUUUUUCACAGUAGGAUUAUAGCCCUCUUAGAUGAAUACUGAUUGUACAGGGCACUGAAAGAAAUAAAGAAUUGAACAUUUUCUUUGUAUACUUUUUUACACUAAUUUUAUUGUUAUACAUAAAUAGUAGUCUUCAUUUUUAAAGUCUUUCAUAUUUUUCAGUCUUUAUUUUUAAUGAAGUAUUUCAUGCCUACAAAAAUACACAAACGUGUAUAUAUAGGUAUAAAGAAUAAUAAAUAUCUGCCGUGUACCCAUUGGCCAGCUUAGGAAAUGAAUAUUACUGGCAUUUUAAAAGUGCCCUCUCCUUCUCAAAUAAUUAUUAUUCUGUAUUUUGUGUUGUCAUUCUCUUGCUUGUUAUUAUAGUUUUAAAACAUAUGUAUGUACCCUUAAAUGAAAUGUUAAGUUUUGUAUGUUUUUGAAUUUUAUAUAAAUGGUAUAAAGUACGUUUACUUCUGUGACUUGCUUUUUUCAGCUUAGUGUUUUUGGAAAGUCAUUCAUUUUUAUUGCUAUAUUAUGUUAUAUGAAUAGACCAUAAUUUAUCCAUUCUUCUGUUGAUGGAUGUUUGGGGUUUGUUUUUGUUUCUGCUAUUGCAAACAAUGCUGCUAUGAACAUUCUUUAUCUAGGAGUGAUUUGCUUGGUCAUGUGAUAUGGAUAUCUUCAUCUUUAUAAGAUAAUGCCAAGUUAUAUUCUGCAGUGGCUGUACCAAUCAUAUCCCUACCAGAACUAUAUGAAUUACCUUUGUUUCAUAGCAUUUCUAAUACUUCUUAAUUUCAGACUUCUUAAUUUUGCCAAUCCAGUGGCUGUUAAGUGGUGUAUUUUUGUAGUUUCCAGCAAGAAGACUUCUAUUACUCUUACAUUUGUUCUUCAGUAUGAAACGUUUUUUUUCUUUUUCUUUAAAUUUAUUUUUGGCUGUGUUGGGUCUUUGUUUCUGUGCAAGGGCUUUCUCUAGUUGUGGCAAGCGGGGGCCUCUCACUAUGGCGGCCUCUCUUGUUGCGGAGCACAGGCUCCAGACACGCAGGCUCAGUAGUUGUGGCUCACGGGCCUAGUUGCUCCGCGGCAUGUGGGAUCUUCCCAGACCAGGGCUCGAACCCGUGUCCCCUGCAUUAGCAGGCAGAUUCUCAAGCACUGCACCACCAGGGAAGCCCUUCUUUUUCUUUAGUUGCUUUUAAGGUUUUUCUUUCCUUUUUUUUUUUUUUUUUUUUGCGGUACGCGAGCCUCUCACUGUUAUGGCCUCUCCCGUUGCGGAGCACAGGCUCCGGACGCGCAGGCUCAGCGGCCAUGGCUCACGGGCCUAGCCGCUCCGCGGCAUGUGGGAUCUUCCCAGACCGGGGCACGAACCCGCGUCCCCUGCAUCGGCAGACGGACUCUCAACCACUGUGCCACCAGGGAAGCCACUUAAGGUUUUUCUUGAUCACUGCUGUUAAGCACUUUGAUUAUGAUGUGCUUGGUGUAGUCUUUUUUCCCCCCCUUCAUGUUUCUUCUGCUGGGGUUCUUUACCUGUAGAUUUACUGUUUUCAUCAAAUUUGGAAUUUUGGAGGCCUUUUCAUUUAUUUUUUUCUGUCUCUGUCCUUCAUUUCUUACCCUCUGGGACUCUAAUUGUAUGUUAGGCUACUUGAAACUGUCUCUUAGCACUAUGAUGCUCUGUUUUGUUUUUUCUUUAAGUCUUUUUAUUUAUUUAUUUUUCUGUGUUCCAGAUUGGUUUCCAUUGCUAUGUCCUCAAGUUCAUUAAUCUUUUCUCCUGAAGUAUCUAAUCUCUUGUUAAUUCCAUCCAGUGUAUUUUUUACCUCAUACAUUAUAUUUUUAAUCUUUUGAAGUUCCAUUUGGGUCUUUUUUAUAUCUUCCAUAUCUCUCCUUCCAGACUCCUGCUUUCCUCUAUCUUUUGGAACAUCUGACGUAUAUUUAUAAUUACUGUUUCAAUGUACUUGACCAUUCUGUCAUCUGUCAUUUCUUGUCUGUUGCUGUUGAUUGAUUUUUUUCCCCCUCAUUAUUGGGUUGUAAUUUCCUUCUUUGCACACCUGAUAAUUUUUGGAUUUUACACUGUUGGGUGCUGGAGCUUUUUGUAUUCCUUUAAAUAUGUUGAGUUUUGUUCUGGGACAUAGUUAUUUAGAAAUAAUUUGAUCAUUUCAUAGCUUGCUUUUAUAUUUAAUGAGAUAGGACCAGAACAGCCUUUAAUCUAGGCUAAUUUGGCUCACUACUGAGAUAAUACCCUUCUGAAUAUUCUUCCUUACACGUGGUUUACUAUGAGAUUUCUCCACUCUGGCUGUUGAGAACGAGAACUAUUCUGAACCCUGUAUGAACUUGAAUUUUACGACUUAUUCUUUUCUGGUUCUUUCCCACCUUGGGGUAGUUUUCUGAAGUGCAUACACUGAUUAGCCGAAGCCUCAGGGGACCUCUCUGUAGAUCUGGAAUCCUCCCUCUAGCUUCUCUCUCCCAUACUCCACCCUACAGAUUUUACCUUGGCUCCCCUAAAUGCUCUACCCAGGGAAACGCCCAGGCUCUCCCUUCAUUAAGCUUGGGCAAUGGUAGGACUUUCCCUGUUGGUUCUCCUCUCAAGAGUCACUGUCCUGCACAGUUGUCCAAUGUCUGAAAAACUUUAUUGUACAUAUUUUGUGCGGGUGUUUCAUUGUUUAAUAUGGGGAAGGGAAAUUCUGCCCCUGUUGACUCCAUUUUGGCCAGACUGGGAGUCUCAUUGAAUGUGCGUUUCCUAAAUUCUAACAAGGUUGAGCUGCUUUUCACGUAUAUUGUAUUCAUUCCUGAUUGCUCUCUGUGAAAAGCUUAUUUCAUGUCUUUUGCCCAUUUUAUAUUACGUUGUUGCCUUUUUCUUAUAUAUUUCUUUAAGGAGUUAAAUAGAUUGUGGAUACUAGUCCAUUUUUACUGUUAUAUGUUGUAAACAUUUUCUCUCAGUUUGUGGUUAUUUUUUCACCUAUUGAUGCCCUUGGGAGGGCACAAGUUGUAAAUUUCCCCCAACAUUUUUCCCUCAACUUUUUAAUAUGAAAAGUUUCAUACAUGUGUAGCAACACAGAAACAUAACGAACAUCCAUAUAUAUUCCAUCCAAAUAGUAACAUUUUGUUGUUGAACAAUUUGAAAGUAAAUUGAAAACAUGAUAUUUCACCUUUCAGUAUUUCACCAUGCAUUUUCUUAAAGGCAAGUGUCCUAAACCACCACAAUACUAUUAUCACACUGAAAAAAAUUAAACAGUAAUCUCAUAAUAUGUAAUAUAUAGUAUAAACAAAUUUCCCCCAUUGUCCCAAGGCUGUCAUUUUUAUAUGUUGGUUUGUUUUUAAACCCAGACUCAACCAAGCUUCAUGCACUGCAUCUUGUUUUUGUCAUUUUAUUCUCUUAAUCUAAAAGAGUUUCCUACCCAUCCAUCCACCCCAACCACAUGUAUUUUUAAAAUUUUUUUAUGACAUUGACUUGAAGAGUUCAGGCCAGUUGCUUUGUAGAAUAUUCCACAUUCUGGAAUUAUUCAACGGUAUCUUCAUGGUGUCCUCCAUCCUCUCUACUUUCUGUAAACUGUAAGUUAAGUCUUGAUGUUUGAUUGAAAUUAGGUUAUGCAUUUUAGACAAAUUUUUAAGUUUAAUGUCAAAUUUAUUAGCCUUUCCCUGUGUGUUUUGUGCUUUUUGUAUUUUGUUUAAGUCCUUAA